CGAAGCAACCGAAGCUCUGAUCUUGUCUAAAUGAUACUGCAGGAAACAUGCAUAUAACUACGUACGGCUCUAUGCUCUCACGUGGCGCUUCCGUCUGGGCAACUGAUUCAUUGACAAAUUGUGAAACUAAUAUGAAAUCAAGACGAUCUGCGCCAAGAAAUCACCGUCCACGUUUCACUCCCUUUCCAGCACAACGACGGAAGUUCAAUUUCCUGUCCUGUUCUUCACAACUUGCCGUUUUAUACGACCGCUAUCUUGGACUGACCCUCUCAAAUUCAGCAAAUCCGAGCAGUCCUCGGGAGUCUGCCAGGAAAAAUCACUUUGUUCCACUCCCGCAGUGAUGACGACGACCGAUCAGGGACUUUGAUGUGGUGAUGUCCUGGCAGUCUGCUUCCCGAUAGUGUUUGAGGGUCAUCCACGGACCACAACACUCACAUCGCUAUAAGUAUUGCUGCCCCUCGAUGCCGAUCCGCAUUCUGUUUCUCUCCUCUCGUGUGUCGACCACACAGAGCCUUUCUUUUCUCCUUCUCUCGUCGCUUUCCUUUCCUUUCCUUCGUCGCCCUUUUUCACUUUCGCACUUAUGCGUUUCUCGUUGGCGAUAUCAGCUGUGCUGCUCUCCGUGCUGUGUGCUCAAGGGACUCCUCUCUCGGCGGAUUUGGAGAGCCGGCACAACGCGGAAGUCGAAGCUCGCGUGGGCCUCAAGUUCCACAUCCUCGUCGGCACACCGCCCGCGCAGCUCACCGGCGCGACGGACGACGACAUGUGCACGCCGGAGCAGGCUGCGGCUAUCGAGCGCUCCAUCGUCGACGCCAAGUCCGCGUCUGCGGUCGCGCGGAAGAUCCUUGGGGUACCGAAGAUGGAGAAGAGCAACGGGUUUUUCUGGAUGUUUGGCGGCGCGGCUGUCGCACCGAGUGAAGUCUCCCGCCACUUCUCGUUCGUGCAGAAACUCGGCACGCCGGACCAUAUCGCGUCGACGGUGCCCUUCGAGAACAGCCCGAACGACCUCAUCUUCACCUGCAUCCCGGCGGGGACGAAGAAGGCCGCUGAGGUGCUCGCGACCACCGUGAACAGUGGCCGCAAGACGAAGAACACGCCCGUGACGCCCGUGCUCAACCUCAUCCGGAUCUCGCCCAUUCACUUCCUGAACACGCGGACGAUGGCGCAGGCUGCAUCGGCGAUGAACCCUGGCGGCGUUUUCACCGUGAAGAACGGGCUGCAGACCGACCAGGGCGUACAGGUGCCCCCGCUCGCGUUCACCAUCAUCCACGAGGUGCAGCACUCGAACGUGCUCAUGGACAAUGCCGAGCAGGACCACCUCGUCGAUCAGAAGAUCGGACCCAAACGCGCGUAUGGCUUCCAGCAGGUGCAGAACUUGGACGCGCAUCUCAAGCAUCUCAACCCGCAGAACUACGCGUUCUUCGCUCUCUUGGCGGAAUCGAACCCCGAGUUCUUCAAGCCCGACUGCUUCAUUAGCGAGCAGCUCCCGAUCCGGGACUUUGCUGCUGAGAAGCGCGCCAAGUCGGUGGUCAAAACGAAGGCGAAGCCUGUCGCGCGGCCGCCUUCCAAGCCUGCGGCCAAACCUGUCCCAAAGCCCGUUGCGAAGCCCGUUGCGAAACCCGUCGCUAAGCCUGUCGCUAAGCCUGUGGUCAAGCCUGCUGUGAAGCCUGUAGCCAAACCCGUCACGAAGCCCGCCGUCAAACCCGUUACGAAGCCCGCUGCCAAACCUGUUGCGAAACCUGCCGCUAAGCCCAUCGCGAAACCAGCAGCAAAGCCGGUGGUCAAGCCUGCCGCGAAACCUGUCGUUAAGCCCGCUGCGAAACCUGCGGCAAAGCAACCUGUAACAGCCAAACCCGUCGCAAAGCCUGCGGCCAAGCCUGGUGCUAAGCCUCCAGCCAAGCCAGUCGCAAAGCCAGCCGCAAAGCCCGCAGCGAAACCGACGACGAAACCGGUCCCUGGCAAACCAGUCGCGAAGAAACCUGCCGCCGUGAAACCGACCCCCGCGAAGAAGCCCGCACCGCCCACCCAGUCGAAAGCUGCGACCAAGUCCGCUCCGGCUUCGGCGAAACCGAGCGCAAGCGCGAAAGCGUCUACGGCGUGCUCUGCGACGGCCGCGGUGUGCAAGGCGUGUGCGAAGAUCGUGAAGGGCAUUCCGGGUGAUGUGCAGCUGGCGAACUUUGACGACGGGACUGAGUAGGUGGCUGCAGCACGUUGUUUGUGUGUACAUGAUGGAGUGGAGCAACACAGCUGUGUUGGAGAGGUGGACUGACUUGAGUGAAACUGAGGACUGAACCUGCGACUUGAGGACUGAAGAACGAAAACUUCAGCUUUUCAUCGGUAUCCGCAAAAGACGUGCAGUUUGGGCUUGGGCCAUUCUUUCAAGUAUGAAGGAUUACAUUCUAACGAUAACCGGAAUGGAACCAGACGCAUUCAACGUGAUCUGGAAGCGCACAGUAUGUAAUGCACUAGACAUCCUCCUCACCAACUGCCCGAAACAUGAGCCCUGUCCGAAUACAUGACCGCGACGGACAGACACACCUAUACGACUCGCCGUGGAAGAAGAGGUCCUUACACAGGCACCCCAGACCAUCGACAAUCUCGAGCUGCGCGUCGGCAACCGCAUUGCGGAGGUCGUACAUGAAUGUCUCUGGGCCACAGCCUAUAGCUCAUCUCAGCAGCGGACAGAAGCAGAGGCGAGAGACUGACCGAUCAUAGCGACGGAUGUCGCGCUGUGCUUGGCCUCGUUGACGAUAGCGGACAGGCUGGGCCGGCCAUAUGCGAUCACGCCCCGUGCGAGGCUGCUCGCAUCGUCGGGAUCCUGCUUGAUCUUCUCCGCGCCGGAGCAGGUGAAGAAGAUGCGGACGUUGAUCGCUAUACACUCGGGCGCGUCCUUGAGUGCAGUGUCGAUGAAUGCCUGCAUCCACUCAUAGGCGUCUGCAGCGCGGUCAGUCCGGGUGAACACACAGACACAAACGCACGCGCACCCUCGUCUCGCACGGCAAUCACCAGCUCGACCCGCCGACAGAUCCCAGCGCACGGCGCAGCCAGAUCCGCGAGCACGGGCAGCACAAACGUCGCGCCGGUCCCGCCGGCGCACAGAAACACGGCCUCGUGCGCACGGACGGGGAAUCGCACGCCGCCGUACGGCCCGUCGAACAGCACCCGGGUCGACCAGGGCGCGGCGUCGGCAGCCCGCCGUGCCAGCGCGCGGGUGAUCCCACUGCGCACGGCCAUGAUCAUGACCGCGUCCUUGUCCUUGUCCUGCGGGAGCGAUACGAUCGUGAACGGGUGCGUCGUGAGCGCAUGCAUCCCGAGCGACAGCACGCGCACGAACGCAUGCUGCCCCGGCGCCCAGCGGAUCUUGUCGCCAACGCCGUGGAUGGUCAGCUUCACGAGCCCUGGGCCGACGGAUUCGACUGUCGCGGGGAGCCCCAGGCGGGAGACGAGUAGGGUGCGGCCCUCGCGGUAGAACCAGGAGGUGAAGUAGAGUGCGCCGGUGGCGAUGAAGUAGUC